AUGUUACCCAUUAUAGUUAUCCUCGUAGGGAGUCUUCUCUACCUCCUGUUCUAUUACAAUAAGAAACGACACAACCUGCCACCUGGACCCAAACCCCUCCCUAUCAUCGGAAAUAUCAGAGACUUGCCCCCGAAGGGAGUACCUGCAUUCAGGCAUUGGCUCAAACAUAAAGAUACAUAUGGUCCCAUGAGCAGCGUCAGCGUCCUAGGACAACCUCUCAUCCUUAUUCAUGACCGCGAGGCAGCGCAUCAACUCUUCGAGAAGUCAUCGGGUAAAACCUCGGGACGCCCAUCAGCAAACUUCGGAGGUAGAUUGUGUGGUUACGAAAGGAUUUUAAGUCUUCAGCAAUAUGGCGAUACCUUCAAGCGUCAUCGCAAGAUGAUACACCGGCAGAUGGGCACGAGGGCGGGAGCUGCAAAGUUUCGCGAAAUCCAAGAUGUAGAAUCACAUCGAUUUCUGUUGCGCUCUCUUGAUGACCCUGGUAACCUGAUGGAACAUAUAAGGAAGGAAGCGGGUGCUGUGAUUCUAAAGAUGACAUAUGGUUAUUCUAUCGAACCACAUAAAUCUGAUCCUUUAGUGCGUUUGGUCGAGUUCAUGGUGGAAGGCAUUAGUAUCGUGGUUGUCCCAAUGAAAUUCGUGGUAGACUUUUUCCCAUUGCUUGAGUACCUCCCGGAAUGCCUCCCAGGUAUGUCGUUCAAAGGCCGAGCCCGCCAAUGGAGAAAUAUACUGGACACGACUAUCGACGCUCCUUACCAGUUUGUUCGACAACAAAUGGCCAAGGGAAUCCAGUACGAAUCAUAUGUAUCCUCCGUGUUGACACAAGACAAGCUGAACAACAGCGGAACCGGCAAAUUGGACGAGACCUACGAAGAUGAUGUGAAGUGCACGGCUGCGAUAAUGUAUGCUGGUGGGGCGGAUACGACAGUGUCGACUAUUCAGAGCUUUAUCUUGGCAAUGACGGUCUACCCAGAAGUCCUCAAGAAAGCCCAAGCUGAGAUCGACAGUGUUAUUGGUCCCGAUAGACUGCCUGGAUUCGAAGAUCGACAGAACUUGCCAUAUAUCAAUGGCAUGGUCAAGGAGUCACUCCGAUGGAUGCCGGCCGUGCCAAUGGGUGCAGCCCACAAGGCCGACGAUGACAUCUACUUUCGGGACCUAUACAUUCCAAAGGGGUCAUUCCUACUACCGAACAUAUGGUGGUUCUUGCACAACCCAGAAAUCUAUGAAGACCCGGAACGCUAUGACCCUGAACGGUACCUCGAACCCCGAAAUGAGCCGGAUCCCGACAACAACGCUUACGGAUAUGGUCGUCGGAUCUGUCCUGGUCGACUACUAGCUGAUGAGAGUCUUUUUAUUGUCAUCGCACGCGUAGUAGCAGCAUUCGACAUCGAGAAGGAUGUGGACGAACGAGGAAACAUCAUCGAGCCCAAGGUAGAGUUCACGACUGAGGGUGCGUUGAGUCGCCCUGUCGACUACCCUUACAGGAUCAAGCCAAGGAAUGCAAAGUGCGUGGACCUGAUCAGAGCUGUGGAGAGGGAGCAUCCAUGGGACGAGGGUGAUGCUAGUCUUCUUCCUCGGGAUAUGACUAUGGUAUGA